CUGAUUCUUUCUCUGCUUGGCUCCGCUGCCCUCCAAGGGAGCAUGGAGGGGACAGGGAGACACCACCUGCUGCAGACCCUGGCAGGGCUGGGGAAGGACGAGCUCCGGAGAUGGAAAGAGAAGCUGAGCAAAGUACCACUGAAGGAGGGAUACCAGCGCAUCCCCCAGGCCCUGCUGGAGAGAGCUGAUCCGGGGGCCCUGGCUGAGCUGCUGAUCAGCUACUAUGGGGAAGAGUAUGGGUUGCAGCUGGCUUUGCUAGUACAGGCUUUAUGCAGUGCAGAACAAGCGGCAAUGGAUUGCUCAAGGGCAGCUGGCUCUGUGUCACAGCUUUCCGAGGUCACCAAUGAGCAACUCAGGAGCAAUCUUUCAGCGCUUGAGAGGAGAAAACAAAAAUCCUUGCCCAACCUGCCUCUGCCUCUGGAGUGGCUCAGAAAGCUGACGAGCAGGAAGGGGAAGCAGCAUCAGGCUUCCCUAGGUGGAUCCUUCAGUGAAGAGACUCAAUCCACCCCUAGGUCUAGUACAGAGACAAAGGCGGCAGAAGACCCCAUGAGGGAACAGGGCCCUGUCUCACAGCCCUCUGAGGACAUCAACGUGCUGCAGCAUAUGGGAUUGAUGGCGCUCAAGCCGAGCAGAUUUUCAAGGAGCACAGUGAAGCUGAAGGUCGCCUUCCCCAGCCUGAGUUUACGUAAAUCUUCGCAGUUGAUAAUGAAGUUGCCGGGCAAGAAGGCGAAGCCGCAUCAGGUCUCCACCGGCACCUUCCCACAAUGCUCCCAGAGCACUAUGCAUCAUCCCCAGGAGGAGUCUGUUCAUGGCAGUGUCCCACAGGGACCUCCAGCCCAGCCAGCUGGGGCCGUGGGAGAAGUCACACUGAUGUCAGGGAAGAAAAAGACCGGAGGUCCCGUUCCCCCUCUGCUGGAGGCACUCGGUGGGGGGCCAGGACGUGCAAGUCACACGCCAGUUCUUCAUGAUUUAAUUUCCUUUGGUGAAAACCCAGCAGUGGCAUCAGCAGGAUCUUUGGAUAAUGAGACUGAGCCCAGCCCUAGUUCAGAGGCAGGGACAGCUGAGGUUGAAGGGAUCAUCUGCCAACAGACCCUGCUUCUCUCCGCUGGGGCUGCGGCUGGGGCUGCCGCCGCAGGAGAGACCAGCCUGAGUGAGGAUCCCAGCAGGGUCCCCUGGGGACAGGACAAAUGCGACUUGUGUCCCAGAGAGGAGGAUCCUCCAGAAGAAAUACACCCUGAGACUGUUCAGGGCCCAGAUAGGAAGCAGGAGACGUACAGGGUUCACAUCCCGGGGGCAGGCUCCUUCCGUUGUUCUGAAACGGAACUGGGGUUCGAGGUGAGGGCAGCCAUGACCAUCCAGUAUGGAUACGACUCCUGGGAUCGGCAUCUGAGCGCAUCUGAGAAGCAGCAAUGGAUGGUGUCCGGCCCUUUGUUCAACAUCCAGGUGGAACCAGCCAGGGCCAUGGCAGCCGUUCACCUCCCGCACUUCCUGUGCCUUGCGGGGGCAGAGGUCGAUGCCUCCCAGAUGCGAAUCGCCCAUUUCGUUGAUGGGCGGAUGACCCUGGAGGAGCCAACAGGGGUGAGGCCAUUUCUCGCCAUGCUGGAGAACCCCAGUUUCUCCCCUCUGGGCGUGCUCUGGCGGAAGAUACAGUCUAAAUGCCAGGCAAAAGUCCACACCCUGGCACUGCUCUACCGGGCGCUCAGGUCUGCGAACACAACCCUGCACCUCUACCUGAUCCCCAACGACCGCUCCCUGAGACAGGCCGUUAAUGACCAUGAGUCCAAAUGCCCCUCGGUGCGUGUGCACAAGCCUUCCAGGACCAAGCCCUUGAAAUUUGGCUCCUGUUGUGUGGUACCCAGCUCAUCCCAGCUUGAGGUGAUACCUGAGGAGCUGGAGUUCUGUUAUCUGGGCCCCAAGAUGGAGCAGCCGUACCUGGAGAUCUACAUCCGGGACAUGCAGGAGGGGCUGCAGCUCAGCCUGUUGGAAAAGAUAGAAGGGGAACCGAUCUGGAAGGCCUUGGUGAGACCAGAAGACGUGAUGGUCUGUGUUUCAUCUGCCCAAAUGCAGACAGAAGAACAUUUCAUUGACCAGCACCGAGAACAGCUGAUCCAACGGGUGCGCCAGGUGGACUGCGUGCUGGAUAAACUGUACAACACUGUGCUGGACAACGAGCAGUACCAGAGCAUCCGAGCCGAGAGAACGGACCCGGAGAAAAUGAGGAAGCUCUUCGACCUGCUCCCAAGUUGGAACCAGGACUGCAAGGACCAGCUCUACCAGGUGCUGGAGACCAAGCAGAAAUUCCUCAUCCGAGAGCUUAUGGGGACAUAAGACUGGCUGCCCUGGAUCAGACCAGGGGCCCAUCUAGCUCAGUAUCCUGUUUGUGACAGGGGCCAGUACCAGCUUCUUAAGAGGAAGGUGCAAGACCCUCCUCCUUGACAAAUCUGGACUAAUCUUCCCAUGUUGGGUUAAACCCAGUGUCCCCAACUGGGUAAUCCAUUCUGCUUCCUUAAAAACUUUCCUGGCUGUGACACUCUGUACCUCAAAGCAGCACCAUGGAACCCCUGUAUUCACCACGGUCAUGUAAUUAUUAUAAGUUUUGUACAAAGGACGUCUUGUGAGGUAUCAUUUUUAAAGUCUUGAUCUGUUGAA